ACAUGUCCGCUGCUGCUACGAGUAUUUCACAAGCACGGGGGGCAUCACGAUUUGGAAGCAUUCGCAACGAGAGGGCAGGAGCCCAAGGAGGAGGUGCAGAUGUACACGUGGAAGGACGCCACCCUGAGAGAACUGACAGAUCUGUUGAAGGAGGUGGUGCCGGAGGCCCGUCGUAGGGAAGCGCGGCUAUCUUUUGCAUUCGUGUACCCAAAUAGACAGGGGAGGAACGUGAUGAAACAGGCCGGUAUCACCAACUCAAUGACUCGCAGACCAACACCCGAUGACAACAGGACAUUGCACGAGCUGGGAUUUCAGACUGGUGACUUCCUAGACGUUGCUAUUUUCACAUGA